UGAAUUAAGACUUAAUCAAGGAGAUAACCCAUUCCAACAGUAUUACUACCCUUGUUAUUCAGAACAAAAAGGAAAAAAGAAAAAAAACCCCAAUGGCUACCACAGCAGCAAAUACUCAGAGACAAGCAAUAGGCUGUGAGGAAUACAGUCUGUACAGUAGCUUAAGUGAAGAUGAGCUUAUAAAGAUGGCCAUCCAACGGAGUUUGGAAGAUGACCCUGUGGGUCAGCCAGCUGCCCAGAGCCUCCAGAAAUCCAUGGUGGCAGGCCCCAGUGAGGUGGCCACCCCGAGCCACGCCGGUAGCCACAACCCACCCUACCACCUCUACCCUUGGCAAAGAUUGGCAGCACAGCCACGAGGCCGUACUCAGCCAUCCGGCUCGGGGGCAGCCUGGGGGGUCAGGCGAAGGUUCGACAGCAGCCUGGUCAGCACAUCCCAGCCUGUAGAACUUGACCCUGUAGUGGCAGCGAUCAAGGAUGGAGAUGAAAAAGCAGUAUGCAACAUGAUGAAAUCAGGAAAAGACCUUUCUGAACCCAAUAAGGACGGCUGGAUACCCCUCCAUGAAGCUGCAUACUAUGGCCAAGUGGGUUGUCUGAGCCUGUUGCAAAAAGCAUACCCUGGCACGAUCGACCAGCGCACCCUCAACGAGGAGACAGCUCUCUACCUAGCCACGAGCCGAGGCAACUUGGACUGCUUGCUCACGCUGCUGCAGGCUGGAGCCGAGCCCGACAUCUCCAACAAGGCCAGGGAAACACCACUCUACAAAGCUUGUGAGCGCAAGAAUGCAGAGGCUGCAAGACUCCUGGUACAGUACAAUGCCGAUACCAACCAUCGUUGCAGUCGAGGAUGGACCGCUCUCCAUGAGGCUGUUUCCCGAAAUGACCUGGAGAUUAUUGAUAUCCUUGUGAAAGGAGGUGCAAAGAUUGAGUCUGCAAAUGCUUAUGGGAUCACUUCUUUAUUUGUGGCAGCUGAGAGUGGGCAGUUGGAAGCUUUGAGAUACCUCGCAAAAUGUGGUGCUGAUAUAAAUACUCAAGCCAGCGAUAAUGCCUCUGCUCUUUAUGAAGCCUGUAAAAAUGGACACAUACCUAUUGUUGAGUUUCUCUUGUCCCACGGAGCAGAUGCUAACAAAGCCAAUAAGGAUGGCCUGUUACCUCUUCACAUAGCAGCCAAAAAGGGGAUCUGCGAGAUUGUCUCCAUGCUGAUCCCGGUGACCAGCCGCACCCGUGUCAAGCGCAGCGGCAUCAGCCCCCUGCACUUAGCGGCUGAACGCAACAACGAUGACAUCCUGGAAGAGCUGAUCGAUGCCGGCUACGACGUCAACACCACCCUCUCCAACGAACGGUCCUGCCUUUACGAGGACAGACGCACCACUCCCCUCUAUUUUGCUGUUUUUAACAACAACAUCUAUGCCACGGAGCUCCUGCUGCAAGCUGGAGCCAACCCCAAUGUUGACCUCAUUAACCCAUUGCUCAUCUCCAUCCGCCAUGGCUGCCUGAAGACCAUGAAACUGCUCCUCGACCACGGUGCAAACAUCAAUGCCUAUAUAUCAAGCCAUCCCACUGCGUUUCCAGCUACCAUUAUGUUUUCGAUGAAGUACCUUUCUGUGCUGAAGUAUCUCCUGGAUCUGGGUUGUGAUGCAAGAUCCUGUUUUGAGUGUCAGUACGGAAACGGCCCACACCCUGCAUUAAAUUACAGACGGGACAGACUUAAUGAUCCUCAACUCUCCAAGGAGCCAACUGUAGUACAGUUUUGUGAAAUGGUGUCUACUCCAGAGAUGAGUCGCUGGGCUGGGCCUAUCAUUGAUGUUCUCCUGGAUUACGUGGGUAACGUGCAGCUCUGUUCCCGGCUCAAGGAGCAUAUUGACAGCUAUGAGGACUGGUCUGUCAUUAAAGAAAAAGCAGAGCCCCCACGACCUCUUUCCCAUCUUUGCCGUGUCAAGGUCCGAAGCCUGGUUGGAAGAAACCGCAUUAAACUUCUUGACACCCUGCCUCUCCCCGAUAGACUGAUUCGGUACUUGCAGCAUGAUUACACACAGUGAGCCCAGGCAUACCAGACACACAGCGGCUUCCCAGCAUGGCACCCAGCAUUGUCAGCAUGGCAAGGGCACACAGCAUGCAAGAUGGGGAGGAAUUGCUGCUGGCUUGGUCAAGCACCCUCCAAUGACUAAUCUAAGAGAAAUAUGCUUCUGAAACAUGGACAAGAAGAAAACAGAGGAGACAGAGAGCCAAACAUAUGACUGUUGUUAAGUUUUCCAAGAGAAAACACGUGAUUCACCUCAGAGCUUGUUCUGCAAAGAGCAAGAAAUGGAAGUCAACACUGAAAAAUGAGUAGUGCUGAAGCAAGUAUCAGUGAGGAAUUCAAAAGUAUCCUGAGGCUGUCGUGGAGCUUAGCAUCCUUGCUGUGAUCACAAUUCAGACAUUUUCAAGAGUCAACAUAUUUUGGAAAACAAUCACAUUGCCAUCACUGAUAGAUUUUUAUUUUAGUUUAUAUUCUACUGUUUGGAUUUCUACUAAGUGUGCCGGUUGCUAAUUCUCUGAUACUUUGACACCAUCUUGCUAACACUUUUACUUUCAUUUUUUGGACCUUUCUUAUUGAGUACUUGAUUUCUGAACAUUCAAAUCUCAUAAUUUUUUGAUAGACUAAAAUGCAGUAAUGCUAUUCCUUUAAAAGUCAAGGGGAGUUUUAUCUAAAAGGGAUGUAAGAAUUGUAUUUGCACACAGUGAAUACAUUCACUUUUGUAUUACGCUUGCAAUAAGAAGUAGGUUAAAUUCGGCUCGAGAGAAUUUCCUCAACCAGGGAUUGAAAGCAACUCUGAGAUUUUUUAAUAUUUCUUUUUUUGGUGUGUGUAUAUAUUAGAAGUAGCUGCACUGUAAACAGUAGCUUUACUCUGUCAUGAAGCUGGUGUCAGAACAGAACAAAGGCCUAGAGGAGCAGGAAUAAAAAAUGAUGUGAAGGAGAAGGAUGAGGUAUACAGGGAGAGGCAACACUGCUAAACCAACUUUAUCUGUUCCUCCCCUAGAAAGACAUUUUCCCUAUAAAAUCCAGCCUCUCUUAUUUCUUUGUCUCUGUGGCUCUAACAAUACCAUCACUGGAAGAAAAGAAAGAUUCUUUCAAAAUUAUCAAAGUCAGACUUUGAGAUGUAUGAAAAUGAAUACUCAGAGUUAGGCUUCCAAAUCUUUAUUCAGGUGCCUAAACAAUGCCCAGUUGCUUGCACCAGGUAUAGUUCCACUUAACCCAAUGGGGCCACAUUUGUUGUUAGAUACUACUGAGGCAGAAUAAAAGUCUUAGGAUUUAGCCCUGAGUUUCCUGAAUUCAGAAAUUUGAAGUAUCUAUUAGUUCCUUUUGACACUGAUGAAAGUUAUCUCAGCUUCUUUGAAAAUUAGGUCACCUAUUUACAGCUCAGAUCUACAACUGAUUCAUGGCAGCUUAACGAGUUACCAUCCAUCAGCUGAACCGCUAUAAUUGUCCGUGAAAUUCUUUUACUGAAGUUUUUAACAAGUCACAUUCCCUCACAGCUGGGGAGGCCAAGGAGCCCAUCAAUGUUUAGUGGCAGUGACUACAGCUCAGUUGGCAGGUGUGACUUGCUGAACCACUGAUUUGAUGAGUGUCUCAUUCCCAACUAGGCACCUAAGUAAGGAUGCAAGACCCCAAAUUUGGAAUGCAUCUUCUUAUGCUAGAAACACACUCACUCUUACCUCAGGUGACAAAGGAGUUGUGCCUCAUGGUUUGUUUGGAUUCCCCACCAGAGACCUGACAGAUCUGGUUUUGUUUGUUGGCACUCAUGAAACAAGAUAGAAAUGUAAGCAGGCAAAAUGUAUUGUACCGAGUUUUCUUUGUGUGGCAUUUUAUACCUUAACACAGGACUAAAAGUGUGUUGCACACAUACAAGACUGUCUGGGCACACAAGUACAGAUUCUGAGAUGGUUUUGUGUGAAAUGUGCUCAGUAUUUGUGGGACAGGGAUGUAAGCAGAUGAAGAAUUGGUUACAGACACAGGCACUCUGUCUACAGAUGUCCCCUUGCCAAAGGCAAAAGUUGGAGAAACCAACAGUUUCAUUUCACACUGAACAGUGAUCUUCUUGCAAAGCUUUGGAGAGGACAGAGAGAUUCCUCCACCACUGAAAAUUCAUCCAGUGACUUCCAUUACUAACCAUUUAGGAUCUAGCUCUUUAUCUCCUGCAGCAUGAACAAGGAAUUUCUUCAGGUUGGAAAAAUACUUGAUGGAGGGAAAGGGAUGGGAAACAGGAAAACUUUAGAUCAGUUUUGCCAGUGAAAGCCCUGCCUUGGUAAGCAAUAGUUUGAGAGAUAGAAAACCACCUGUGGAGUUCAUGCGUCUCUCACUUUACAGGGCUGAGCAGUGAAGGUCUGGGUCUUACUCAUAUUGAUAUAGAUCAGAAGAAAAUUCCUUUAAAUUAAAUGAGUGUAACAGAGCAGUCAUAGAGGAUGAUUGAUACUGACACGGGCUGUGUGGUAUGCAAUGACAACCCUGGUGACCGCUGGCUGACAGAAGGAUUCACAAUCACCAACUGCACGUAUAACUACAAGGGUGGGAUUUCAUAAGCUAUCCCAAACAGGGAAUUUCUCCUGAGCCAACAUUUUUUCAUACGCAAAAGUCUUGCAAGUUACAAUUUCUUUCAUGUCCUUGGAGAAGUUUAAACUGGGUUUGAGUGGAGAAAAUAUGGCAAGACUAUUUCUUCUUUCAACCAAGAGACCUUCAUCUGUACUGGGAGACCCAUGUCCUGGUUGCUCUCCACUAUCUAUCCUGAGUGGGAGAGUCACUGAGCUGAAGAGCACUGGUCUGAUGGGAACAUACUGCAACUGGAAGAAGGAUAAGGGCACACUGUGCACAGAAACUGAGGAAAGAAGACUCUACUAGAGGGCGAAUCUGGUAAUUACAAUGUUAUUAAGUCCUUUCUGCUUGAUCCUUACAACAAAUCUUCACACUCAUGGUUUACAUUUAUUUGCACUGAAAUGAAGCCCACUACCUCCCCACUCCAGUCAUUGACACAGUAUUUUGUGCACAAUACUGAAUCUGCACAAAUUCAAUGUGCAUUUAAUGCGUCCAUCGAGAAGUUACUAUGAAAAGACAGAUACUCCAAAACCCAAACAAACCAGGCUUUGUAAGCAGAUCAGUAGUUCUAGUGCAAGGUAAAGUGGCUUGUUUUUACUGAGUGUGAUAGAUAGACUCCUUAAGAGAUGAUGGCUGUAUGUGAAAUGUUCUAGGAAUAUUUCAUGACCAGGUUACUGUACUUUUUUUUUUUACUGCAACAUGUGCAAUUCACAUGAUGUUCUUGUGCACUUUUUUGAUUUUCUAUUUCAUUUUGUAUGAAAGCUUUUUCACUUACCUCUCCCUUCCCAUUAUUUAUAAAAGCUAUUUUGGUUUUAACAGUUUAAUUUUGCAUUGUUGUAAUAAAUAGCGGCUCUUGAAUGUUAUGUUUCCAUCUUUCAAACAAAGUAUGAAUAAGCAAGUAGAUUCUGAAGAGCUAUCAGCUGUCCAGAAUACCAACAACCAAACACAUAAGAUAGCCAGGAAAAGUCUGAAUCAAUCCAAGCUUGAACAAUUAAUAAUUUUGAUGUUAAUCUCAGGGGUGGGAGAACGGUAAGUAAUGCUAGAGAGGAGACAGAGUUUCUAUUCUUUGAAAAUCUUUUGGGAAGUCUCACACACCCCCAUUCAGUGAUUUUGAAUAUACUUAACCAUUGUCUUCUGUUCAUUUAUGGUUUACUUCACUGCUGCUCCAGUUCAGAGCCCUAGCAAGGCCCACUGCCUGCCCUGUGCUGGGGAGGGAAUUUCCUUGUCACAAAGGAUUUCAAGGAUUUUUAAAAAUAACAUCAGUUUAAAUCUUAGGGUAAGUGCAUAAAUAUCUGUCUGGUUCAAUCCUGCAUUGUAACUUAAAAACAUUCUAUUCUACUACAUGGAAAAUGCACAGCAACUUGUAUUCAAUUAAGAAACAAUUUAAAAGAAGAAGACAAAGAACUUAAU